AUGUGGCGGAAAGACACGGCCAAAGUGAGAUUGGUUAAAGGUGGUGAGGGGGAAAAGAAGAGCGAUGAUGAUUGGGAUGAGAGUCCUCACUGUUGGAGCUGGCCCAGCUCUCUCGAAGCUGCGGGAACCAAACACAUGAUCUGGACGCCUGGUAUGUCAGGCCACAAGGCCUACAAGGCCAACAAGGCCAACAAGGGUAAGCAAACAGCACAAACUGAUAGCUACCCACGUGAUGAGUCAUCCACUUGCUGA